AUCAAAGCAGGCACUAGGCAGCCCUUGUCCGAAAGUAGCGGAGCAGAACGAAGGGUUUAUAAGGAUAAUUUGUAUAAAAUAAACAUUUCAGUAUCUCACGAAAUUGAUAGAAUAAUGAAUUUUAAAAUUAAUGUAGAAAGUAUUUCGCAGGAAAAUGUCUAUUAAAGACCAUAAUCCAACUUUUAUAUCUUGCGAGAAGGGAAUCGGAAGAGUUGGUACUUUGUUUGGGUGACCCAGGGAAAGAGCAGAGGAGGAGUAGGACCGUCGUAUAUACCACUGUGGGACGUCAUGUUAACAUGGAAUUUAUGGUUUAUUUCCUCUUCGAACUGACGCAGUAUCUAGGUCACUUAUGGCGAUACAUCGAAGAAAAUCCCGCUGGUUUUAUAUUGGCAACAUGCAUCCUGAUUGUAUGGUGUGUGUUAAUGAUGUGUCGACUACGCACAGCAUCUCCAAAAGAGUUAACAGAUGAAAUAAAACGAGAAUUAAAGAAUAAAGUUGAUGAUGUCAAGGACUUCGUUGGCGUGGGGACCCGACCGAGGUUCCGAAAACGAGACAAGAUUUAUUUUUAUGGUAGAAAAAUGCUUCGGAAGGUCAAGGCUAACAUGCCAACUCGCCCACUACCUUCUCGUCUCCUGGCUCGAAGACUUGCGAGGCAAUUCUUAGGAAAAAAUGAGAGGGAAACACCUCAGUUAGAAGUGAUUGAACCAGCUGCUGAGUAUUUGCAGGAAGACUUAAUCCAUUUGGAUCCAGGAGUCCCUGUGGAAUUUGUGUUUAUGCUGAGGAACAUUCGAGUGUUUGGUCAUUUUGAUAUGCCAUUGUUCUUGGAACUUUGCAAGAGUGUACAGACAAUUCAUCUCUACAAAGGGCAACCACUGUUUUCAGUAGGUCAGAAUGAUGAAAAUAUCUUUAUAGUCCAGACGGGCUGCAUAUGUGUGUAUGUCAAUGAACCAGACGGUUGCACCACCCUAGGACUUAAAGAAGUUUUGCCAGGAGAGAGUAUCAUUUCACUUCUCUCGUUUUGCGAUGUUUUAACUGGGCAUCGCCAGCCGUACAAGACUAUUGGGGCUAAAGCAGUGGAGGAUUCAGUUGUGAUGCAAUUUCCUGUCAAGGCUUUCGAAGAAAUAUUUCGCAAGUACCCGGACAUGUUUGUUCGUGUCGUGCAGAUCAUCAUGGCUCGGUUGAUGAGGGUAACGUUCAUGGCAUUGCAUCAGCAUUUGGGACUUUCAACUGAGCUCAUAAAUAAGGUUCCAAGAAGGGACAGCUCCGGCAACAUUGCUCCAGCACUAGCUUCCCCUAGCAAAGUCAAGCGAGACAGUGGAUCUACUCCUGACGGGGAAGAAGACGAGGUAGAUCGUGAAAGAGGACAGGGCCCUGAAACGCCUGUCCGACAGAGUAGUCAGAAGAAGAUAGUUUUGAUGGAUCCAAAGGACCAAAGAGAUGACAGUUAUUUCCUUAAGGUUGCCACUGAGAAAAUUCAAGCUUUGUUGCACUUAAACUCUGAUAAGAUCCUGCAGGGUGCAGUACAGGUACGAGACGUCCCUGCAGGGUCAAUCUUAAUGAGGCAGGAUUCCAUGAAGGAAGCUGCUCUGCUUUAUAUUCUCACAGGAUCCCUGACAGUUUCACAGCGUCUUCCUGAUCACACUGAAGAUAUUCUACUCUUCACAGCUCAUCCGGGAGAUUUGGUUGGUGGCCUUGCUGUGCUUUCGGGUGACCCUUCAUUUUUCAGUGUGAAAGCAAAGCACCCUGCAAAGAUUGCUACAAUCACGAAAGAAACUUUCUUUGCGAUUAUCAAACAGACCCCAGAGGUUGUGUUGCACGUGGCAAAUACUGUCAUUAGACGCAUGUCUCCAUUUGUGAGACAAAUUGAUUUUGCUCUAGACUGGGAACACUUAGAUGCUGGACGUGCACUUUACAAGCAAGGCCAAAAAACUGAUGCAACAUACAUUGUCUUAAGUGGCCGUUUAAGGUCUGUCAUCACUCACAAGAAUGGUAGAAAGGAAGUCGUAGCUGAGUAUGGUAAAGGAGAUCUUGUUGGUAUAGUUGAACUGUUGACACAGACGGAUCGGAGUACAACAGUCAUGGCAGUUCGAGACUCGGAGCUUGCCAAAUUACCCGAGGGACUUUUUAAUAUCAUCAAGCUAAAGCAUCCAAUCGUUAUGACAAGGCUGAUCAAGUUGUUAGGGCAGAGAUUGUUAGGAUCUUGGAAGUCAACAUCCCGCGAACCUCUCAGCGUGAAUAUUGAACAGCGUCCGUCGCAGAGCAAUUAUUCAACUGUAGCUAUUGUGCCUGUAUCUGAAGAUGUACCUCUUUCCCAGUUCACUUUAGAAUUGUAUCAUUCACUUUUAUCGAUAGAUGGACGUUGCGGCUCAAACGAAUUGAAGUCUAAAGCUCAGCAGUGCCAGGUAUUCCCGAAAGUGGGCGGGAUCUGUAUCACCUACACAAACGAUGGCAGCGCUGCUACCGCCGCCAGGAAUUUGAAUUUUCGACUGCCGGGUCCAGCUGUGAGGUUAACGUCAGAAUAUGUAGUUCGCUCGUUAGGAACCAGUAUAUGGGAGUCUGCCAAUGAAUACCAACUUAUAUCGUGGCUUGGCCACAUUGAAGAUCAACACAGAGUUACACUGUAUCAGUGUGAUUCGUCACUCACGGUCUGGACACAGCGUUGUAUUCGCCAGGCUGAUGUAAUACUUAUCGUGGGAUUGGCUGAUACUGAUCCACAGAUGGGCAAGAUCGAGAAACAUGCUCAGAAAAUGGCUGUGAGAACUCAAAAGGUGCUAGUUCUUCUUCAUCGUGAAGAUGGACCCCCACCCUCUGGCACUGUGAGAUGGCUCAAUAUGCGUUCGUGGUGUCAGUCUCAUUAUCACAUCCAGGCUCCAAAACGCAUGUAUCAAAAGAGGCCACCUGCAAAAAUUAUUGAAUACUACACAGAAAAAGUAUUUUCGUCAAAGCCCAAUGUUCACAGUGAUUUCUGCCGUCUUGCUCGAGUGUUGACGGGCACCAGUAUAGGUUUGGUUCUUGGUGGCGGUGGUGCGAGAGGAGCUGCACACAUAGGCAUGAUCAAAGCCAUCAAGGAAGUUGGGAUUCCUAUUGACAUGGUUGCUGGAGUUAGUAUAGGCGCCUUGUAUGGCGCUUUGUAUUGCCUUGAGAGAGACUUCACCAGAGUAACGCAGAAAGCGAGAGAAUGGAGUAUGAAAAUGACAAGUAAAUGGCGCAUGGCUUUAGACCUCACAUACCCAGAAGUUUCCAUGUUCUCUGCCGUUGGCUUUAACAAACUCAUCCACGAAGCGCUGGGUGACACUAACAUAGAAGAUUUGUGGCUUCCAUAUUUCACCCUUACCACGGACAUCACCGAUUCAGUGGCCAGAAUUCAUACUCAUGGCGCUGUUUGGCGCUAUGUUCGAGCUUCAAUGUCGAUAGCUAUGCUGCUCCCUCCGUUGCCAGACCCCGUUGACGGCCACUUAUUAGUUGAUGGCUGCUACAUCAAUAACGUCCCAGGAGAUGUGAUGCGCAACAAGUGGAGCAUGGGAAGCAUCCUAGCCAUUGACGUUGGAUGCCAGUAUGAGACGGAUUUUACUAACUAUGGGGACUGCCUCUCUGGUUGGAGUGUUUUAUUCCGCAGAUUCUUCCCUUUCAAGUACUUUUUCAGAACGGAAUUGAAGGUUCCAAACUUGUAUGAUAUUCAGUCUCGGCUGUCUUACGUGUCCUGUACCCGACAGCUAGAGGAGUUGAAGGCUAGUGAAAUCUGUGAAUAUAUCCGUCCUCCUAUAGAUAAAUAUCAUACUCUGCAGUUUGGUGCUUUUGAUGAAAUUAAGGAAGUUGGUUACCAGCACGGCAAAACUUACUUCAGUGGUAUGAUAAAGGGUGGGCGCACUGUCGAGAGUAUCUAUCAGUUAAGUGCCUCGUGUACAGGGGAUCGAUGGCAGGGGCAAAAAGUAUGCUUAGAUUCAUCACCAGCAAACUUCACCGACUUGGCCCAGAUUGUUUGUACUGUGAAAAAGCCAACUGCUAAUACAGUCUUGGAAGAUUCGUCUACAGAGUAUGAAGAUGAUGGUGGUGGCUAUGCCUCUGAGCCCAACACAAACACAGAAUUCUUCAAUCAGGUAUCCGAAGAACUCAGCGAAGUCCGUAGAAAGCAUUCUGGCUACUUGUCAGAUAACGACAUCAUAGAACUUUCCUACGACCACGAACCUGAAAAUGAGGCUGACGAAGGGGACAACGAAGAAGAGGAAGAUGAGAAACCGUGAAGCUUUUAACCAUCUUGGAAGUGAUUACAUCUUAAGAGAGUUGUUUAUGCAUAGGUUUCUUAUGCAUGAGCAUAAGUUUCUAGAAGUUGAUGCUUUAUUUUUACCAGUGAUGUACAGCAGUAUUCUUCUUUGCUGCACUUUUUUUUCUGUUAAAUAUACCACUUUAGUCAUAAGUCAUAUUAUUUUUUUUUUAAAGUUGUAUAGUGUUUAUUGAUUUUAUGAAAAUUUAGGUAAUUUUAUGAUAAUUGAGAAUGUGCCAAAGCAUACCGUUACAAAUUUUGUUGUUGUUUCAAAAGCCGGUAUUAAUUAUUAUGAAAUACUUAAUAGUAGGGAAAGGUUUUUCGUUUAUAAGAAUCUGGAUUAUAGUCUAAAACCAGUAAAAGAUGAAAGCCUUGGGGAAUUUUAAUGUGUGCAUUCAAGGAUAUUUUAUUUUAUGAAGGAUAUUUUUUUAGUUUAUUCAUGUAGUAAUAAUUUUGCAACACUGCAAAAGGCAUGCAUCACAGGUUACACUCGCACCAAAUCACACAUACAGUAUAGUUUGAAAGUUAGACAUUUUACUUAAGUGCAAGAUGAUCUGGCUGAUAAAUGUUUGCAUACUCAGGUAGUAUAUGUUUGCCAGACCUUCUUGCACAUUCAUAUUCUCAUGUGCAACUGUCAGCAUGGUGACAUUUCAUCAACCUUUAUAGAUCUUUGUAUAAAAAGGCAGGUUCUCAGUAAUAUAAGGAGGUUAAUACAAUAUAAUUUUGUUUUGAUGCAAGAUAUAAGAGGUGAUAAUUUCUGACACUUUUCAUUCAGCACUACAAGAGCAAUAAAGUUGAAACUGUUGUACUGUCUUUAUUGUGAAGAGGAGUCUUCUGUUUUUUUUUUUUUUUUUUUCUCCCCACAACAUAAAUUCUUUCACUCCAGCAUCUUCACAAGCAGCAGCAAUAACACCAAGUUUGUUGUUUGUUCCUUAAAGCAUUUGUGGUUUGUGCUGUAGGGUAGGUUCUUCUGCUCUUAAAACACUAAUCAUAAUGCACAUACGUGUAGUGUGACGGCAAAAUUUUGUUGGAAUCUCAGGGUACAGAAUGAAAGAAUUCAAUUUCAACUGAGACUUGAUUUUUUUGAGGUCUGAUUGAGAAAUACUUAAAUUUAUACCAAUUAAAAAGAUACUUGAAAAGGAAUGCAGCAGCUUUUUUGUUCAUAAUUAGCUGCAUUUUCUUAUGUCUUUGUUGUAUUACACUUCAAGAUAAUUGCUGCAGUAUUUCACUGCUACAAAGUACUUUUGCUUCCUUCCCACCUUGUUCCUGUGUGCGAGUUUUGUUUUGCUAGUUUCAUUAAUCUACUGACACAUUUUCUCCCUUUUACAUCAUGAAGAUGGUAUUUUUCUAUAUAAAUAACUAAGAGAAGCAUCUCAGUCAUAUUAACCUCUCAUAACAUUUUGUGAUUAUUGUUGACUUUGAAACAAACUACUGUUAUUGUUGUUAGUGUUUGUUAAAACUCUUUUUGAACAAUCUGUGUUACAGGCUCAUUGUUGAUUAGUGUUUUUGUGCAACCUUUUCCUCAUAUCUGGGUGUGGGUGUGUGUGAGUGCGUGAAUAUGUAGAUGCUGUAAACACAGAAAAACUUGAGAGAGCACUAGCGAAUGAAACAAUCUGUGUAGUAGUCCUAUUUAGAAGUUAAUUCACCAACAUGAUUCAGGAGAGAUCUUAUCAAAGUAAUUAGAUAAUAUAGUUCCUAGUACAUUAAAUGGAAAAUAAUAUAAGUACAGAUAUUUAUUGGUAUGUGAAUAUGGCCAGGUAAGAGGAAGAAGAGGAGAUCGCCAUUAUAGUUAAAGUCGUACCAGAGAAACAAUUAGCAUUCUCCUGGGGAGAGAAUUAUAAGAAUGAUUAUGGGAAAAUGGUGAAGUUUGCUGAUGAUAAAGCUCACUGCUUAACUUAUAAAAUUGCUUUAUACAACCAUUAAGUUAUGCAUAGAGCAGUCAAUUAUUAUUAUUAUUUUUUGUGCUCUUGAUCUUUUUUUUUCCACAGAUUACUAUAGUGCACAAUUUUUUUUUUUUUUACCAUUUUCAAAAACUGUGUAUCAUUAGUCCUAAGGGAUGGUUAAGUGUAUAACUGUAUGACCAAAUUUGUCAGUGUUAGUCAAGAAAGUAGAGACAAUUUUCUUGUUAUGUUACACUGACCCUAAAAUGCAGUACAAGCUGAAGGAAGUUGAAGACUGAUUAAUAAAUAAAUAUGAAGAGGGAAAAUGGUCUUCUGUAAGUGUAAAUUCCACUUUUAUAAAGCAUAUCAUGACAGUGUUUAGCUUGAGGGAUGUUUAAUACAUAGCUAACAUUUGCUUUUGAGGCAUUUACACUGUUAAUAGCUUUUUCUGGUACUUUAUUUCAACAUGUAUGAGUAAUUGCUAUUCCAGUUCAUAGCUGAUAGAUAUUUAGAAGGUUGGUUCAAUUCUGAAAUUUUAGAGUGAGGACUAUUUUCAAUAGAUCAUCAUUAGUGUCAAAAGAUUUGCUAAAUGGCAGCUCAUCAGCUUAAAGUAGGUAUGUACCACUGUAUUAUGGAGUUCAGUUUGCCAUCUUAGUUUUGUAACCAAGUGAUAUAUAUAUAGUAUCUAGAAGUUUUAUAGAAUGCAAAGAUAGUGAAGUGUAUAUUUCCCUAUAGCAUUAAGAGGGUGUACAUUAUUUGGUUGUUUUCAGAUACUGUAUUGCAGUUUAGCCAUGUUAUAUUGCGUAGUAUACUGCAAAAAUUUGACUGGACUUUUCUUCCACUUUUAGCCCACUAUUGUAUUGGAGAAUUGCCAACUCUGAUUUUCUUUUUUGAUACGCUGUGAUCUGACCAUCAAGGAAAAGUAAAACAUGGGAAUUUGGGAAGCUGUAAAUAGAUAAUAAGAUGGGACUAGAAGACUGUCGUUCAUACUAAAUUUAGGGUUAAGAAUUAUGAUUCAAAUAUAUUUUUGUCAAAAAAAUGUAUUUAAGUAUGUAUUCUUGAUUUGAAUAAUAAUAUUUUGUUGUAAGUUAUACCUCAAGGAGCCAUUAAAAUACCUCCUGUACACAAUGCAAUUUUUCUACUUUUGGCAUUUAAGAUGCACAAGAAUGUCAUAUUUGAUUGGUUUUACGAUUUUUAGUUGUAUCUUGAUAUACCGUAGGACGAGAAGGAUUGUAUGUAGAUUACACUGUACGUAGCAAAGUGCAGAAGAUACCAUAGGGAACAGUAGUAGUUAUUUGUACAGUAAUAUGUAAUUUGUUAUAACCCUUGUUGUUUAACAAAUUCCCUGCAGGAUGUACAAAAGAAAAUAUAUAUUAUUUAGUAUACAGAAUAGUAUUGUAAUUAUUCUUGCACAAGAGUGGGUCUUUGUACAGGGUAUAGAAUUCAAAAAAUGAAAAAAAAAAAAAAACUUUGUUCUUUUGGGCAGAAUUUGUAAGAUAUUUUCCAUACUUGGUUGCUAAUAAAGUGAAUAGUGGAUUGAAA